AUGGCGACAGGUCCACGAGCCGGAGGCGGGCACGACGUGUCCAGGCCGUCAGCGUUCGACAUUGUGAUCCCGCUCGCCGACGACGCGGCCGCCACGGCAGACGUGCACCUCCGCGCCAUGGAGCGCGACGUCCUGACCAACGCGCAGUUCCCGAAUCCUCAGGCGUGGGAGUAUUUCCGCGGGUGGCUCGCGGAGAACACGCGGGAGCACAUCCAGCAUCCUAGCAAGGGGGUCUUGAUCGCGCGGGAUCCGACGACCGGCGACAUUGCAAGCUUGAUCAAGUGGCUGGAGUAUGGACAGGCCGGCGAGGUUUCCGUGGCGCCGCCGGCGGCGGCUGUGGAGGAGCAAGAGUGGCCCGAGUGCUGUGGACGGUCGAUCCUCAACGAGUAUGCGAGCAUUGCCGGAGAUAUAAGGAGGAGGGUUCUUGGCCAGAGGCCGUAUUUUCAGACUCUGGAAACCCCUACAACAGACGUGACUUUUCUAUGCACCGAUCCCAAAUGGGGCGGCCGCGGUGCUGCAUCGGCUUUGCUGAGAGAGCUGGAGGCAAUGGCAGAGGACGCCGGCAAGGCCAUCGUCUUGGAAGGCGUCAUUUCUGCUGUGCCACUCUACAAGAGAUUAGGUUUCGAGACGAGACAGCAGCUGCAGAUGAUGCUGCCACCUCGCGGGUCGACGGAGCGGACGGAACGAUAUCUAGAGCACACCAUGGUCUGGACGCCGCCUUCACUGGAGCCAUGA